ACGACAGCAGGGCGGGGUUAAACGGGAAGUUCUGCCUCACCCUCACAGGCAGCGGCCUGGUCGUACCGCCUCUGAGAGGCUCCGGCGGGGGGCAGGGCCGAGUUCGUCUGGGACCUGGCUCACGCCUCGCAGCCUUCCAGCCAGUUUCCUCCUGAUCCUUGCUGGGACAACAUAAUUGGGACGCGGUUCUCGAAACAUACUCUGAAGGCAUAGUUGCAUUUGGUUCCCCAACUCACACUGAUGCCUAAGGCCCAGCUGAUUUCUCUUCAUUUCUGCAGACUUACUGUACCAUGGCAGGCCAGCGAAAGUGUCAAAAGAUCAGCAGAGCUGGACCCAGGGAAAUGCAAGAACCUCCGAAGAGUAUUGAAGAAUUCUUAAAGUUUCAAAAUUGGGAUUAUUGGCCAAAGGAAAUCCAUUUUAGAGACGAUGAUCAAUGGUCAUGCACUCUGAAAAAAAUAAAAGAAGAUAGUUCAUUUGUUUCCAUUUAUACACAUCUAUGGGAAAAUGUUCCUCGAAUAUUUGAAGCAGUUUUGAUCAUGGAAUCACGAUUAAAGGAAUGUUCACUUCUUUUGCAAAACCACACCUCUAAAAUAUUUAAGCGGAAAAGCAUGAUUUCUGAAACAAGUUCUUACAGGAAAUUGGAAAGAUAUGGGGAGUUCCUAAAGAAGUACCAUAAGAAAAAAAAGAUAAUGCUUUCAGAUGACAUGGAGACAGAGAAGAAUAUAGAGGGUUGCAACUUCACAGGAUUCAAAGCAAAUGAACUUACUCAGCUACCCAGACAUUUGGAUGCCAAACAAAUAUAUCUUUUUAUUUUAAAAGCCCAUAAUUUUGAUGAAAAAGUUUUUAAAAUCUGGAAGACUCACUUUCUCUCAGAAGCCUCCAUUGCUCUUUUGCAUGACUCCUUUUGGUGGUGGUUUCUCCAUAAAUUUAAGCCUGACAGAGAAAACCAAGAUUGUUUAUUUGACAGAAUUUCAGAAAGUUAUGUGACACUUUUCAUGAGCAUACCUCUAAGUCGAAAGGAUGCAUUCUUUCAGAUAUAUCCUGAUUGUUUGGCACAAGCCAUAUAUGCAACAUUCCAUGAAGCAUUUCCAGAAUCUAGUUACCGCUUUAAUGAUGAAUUUAAAGAAGAUCUAGGAAAUAACAUUUUUCUUUGGUGUUCAGGUUUAAAACCUCAAAAAGGCUUUUGGACCCACUGGAAACUGAAAGAACUCUCCACAACCACCAUUCAUGGUGGCAAAAAAGCACCUGCUAAAUCAGUAAAGGAGAGAAUUGCAGGCAGUCAAGAACGUAUAUCAACCACUAUCGACUUCAAUAUUAUAAAGAUUUUAAACAACCCAAGAGCAUAUACAUUGCCUACAUCCAAAGAAGAAUCAGGAUUAUUGAGACUAGCAACAAAGUCCCACUAUAGUAGUACUGGUCCAGAGUUUAAUCGUGUUCUCUUCAAUUUUGGAGGUCAGAGUCCAUUGAUUUUAUAUUAUCUUAAGAUGCAUGAGCUGGCUGGUAUUUCUAAAGCCCCUAAGCAAAGCAAGAUUAAACUCACUGAGAUAUUCCAGGAACCACUACCUGCUCCAACAUACCGUGAUAUUAUAAAGGAGGCAAAAAGACAAUUUGCAAGGAACCGAAAGGAUUUUAGGAUACUCCAAGCAAAGGCUACCAAGAAACCUGAUGAAGUUAAACAUGACUUUGAGAAGUUCCUACAUAAACUGCGUUCUGAAGCUAAAAUUGAGAGAGAAUGUGUGGCAUCACUGUCAUCAUCAUCAUCAUCAUCAUUAACAGAAAACUACAACUCUGAGGAAGAACACUAAGAGAAACCAGAAAUGAACUCUACUCAGGAACAAUGCAUACAAUUCAAUGGUAUCAGUUUAAUUGUAGCAACGUAUUUAAUUCAAGUCCAAUCCAUGAAAUCAAUAUUGUGUGUUUUACCAUUCAUCUUUAAAAAUCUUCAAAUCAGUAAAUCUCAGUAUAUUCUUAAAAGAUCUGUCCAAGCAUGAUCUUGGCUCUUAAUAGUAAAACCAUAUUUUAAGAUGGAAAAAUAACCAUUAUGAAGCAUAGAGAGCUUUCAGCCAUUUCUUUGGAAAUACAUCUUGAUAAUAGCAACCAUUCAUCAUAAUAGAAAACAGAAAGAAGAUUAAUUUACUGUGGCAUAGAAAGUCCUGCCAAUUCUUAAGUGCCCUAAAUAGUUUCUCUGAGAUUUUUUACAUUUUUCAGGCCUCAAGGAAAACCAAAGCCCCGCCUCCAGGUUUGGUAGCAAAUAAACUGUGUUUCUCCGGUGCUAAGCUUCCGUCAAUCCUCUGGUAAUAAGCUUUGUGCACAUUUGCUAGGAAGCUGGUCAGGUUGUCCACAGCUACUAUUGACACUGUGCAGCCUCCCCAUCCUGCUCCAGUAAGUCGUGACCCUUCAGCCCCAAACUUCCUAAAGCAAUGAGAAAAAAAAAUUAGAAUCUAUAAAUAUUAGAACGCAUAAAUGAAAAUACAGGUGAUUUGCUUGGUGUCUGUGGAACACAUAGCCUACCUAAGUUACAUGAAGAAAAUACAUGAGAGGUUUUUAGGUGUCAUCAAACAUAUCAGGACAUUAAGACAUUUAGACUGUUUCAGAGCAUGAUCUGGAAUUUUUUUGAUUGUCUCUAAAUCUGGUCCCUGGUUUUUCCAAGUAGUAAAAGUCAACAGUACUCCUCCCAUUUCAUGACUGGCAACAACCCACUGUAAUACUGAUUCCAUAAAGUAGUCACUUGAAGAGUUGUAUAGCAAGCCUACAGGUAUAUCAGGAAGGAGCCAUUAAAAUAAAACAGGCAAUGAUAAAAGAAAUGUAGGUAACUGACUCAGAAGGUCACUCCAAAUGAGGGCAAAUCAAAAUGUAAAGUUCACAGUCCUAUACAAGUUUUCACCAGGGCUAUUUCAGCUGCAUUCUUAAGGCUGGGCUGUUUCACAAAGAAGAAUCAGUCUCCUAGAACAGAUAGCCUCAUUCACUGAAUAAACUUAGCAACAAAAAGCUUAUUAUUAAACUCCAGGUUGAGUGGGUGGUUGGUUGAAUCUCUAAUGGAAAAUUAAGCAAAUCUUUCCACAAAGAGGAUGGCAGUCCAUACCACCUUCUCUGUGCCUCCUGGAGCUGGUCUGAUUACUGAACUCAGAAUUUUACAUCAGAUGAGAUGUAUCUGAUUAGGAUGGCAACAACUAUAUAAAGGACCACACAGCAAGAGGUAAUUUUAGUCACUGUAAACCAGGUAUAGUUUUAAACCUAAGAUUUUAACCAAAGUGAAAGGAUCUAUCACAAUGUACACAGAUCACUCAGCUUUAAAAGAUGCAAUUUAUCCUGACAAGAAAGUUAACAUGUACUUACAAUUAAUUAUUCUUAAUAAAAUUCCCUCCAAAUUAUUAGUGGAUUAAAGGCUAUAUAAUUAA